CAAUCUUUCCCCUUCCCGGAAACCGACGAGCCGAAACCAAAGGACACCACCCCCAACCACAACCAGCGAUGGCUCCCAAGCGCAAGUCCCCAGCGGCGGCGGCGGCACCCGCGAUGCCGUCGAGGAUCACCAGGAGCAUGGCAGCCGGGAAGCAGGCCGCGGACGCGCCGCCCAAGAAGGAGGAGGCUGAGGCGGUGCCGGUUCCGCCUGCGGCCCCCGCCGGCCAGAAGGGGAGGAAGAAGGCCAAGAAGGAGGAGGUUGUGGAGGAGGUGGAGGCGGUGCUGUCGCCUCCGCCGGCGGCCAAGGGGAAGGGGAAGGGCAGGAAGAACGCCAAGAAGGAGGUGGCGCCCGCUCCUGCGCCGGCACCGGCGCCGGCGAAGGAGGAAGAGGAGGAGGCGGAGGAGGAGGUGGAUGACAGCCCUUUCGUCGAAGACGGGAAGCGCGUCGUCGUCGAGGCAUGCACGCAGUGCCAACAGUUUAAGAAGAGAGCUGUGAAGGUGAAGGAAGAUCUGGAAAGUGCUGUACCUGGUGUAUCCGUGACAAUCAACCCUGAAAAGCCACGCCGUGGGUGCCUUGAGAUCCGUGAGGAAGGUGGCGAAGUCUUCCUUUCGCUGCGGGACAUGAAGCGGCCUUUCAACCCAAUGAGGGAGCUUGACAUGGACAAGGUCAUCCACGACAUCGUCAAGAAAAUCUCUUGAAGCUGAUCUGGCCUUAAUGUAAGGAUGGGCCCCUAUUGCAAUGAAAAACUUCAGGGGUAGUUUUGGGUAGGAAGUUGAUAUGGCAGUGGCCAUAGAAGUUGGAUUGCCGUUCUGUUCCGUGUCCUAUGUAGCUAAGACAUGCUGAAUUAAUCGUUGUGGCAAUGGUGUAAUUGCUGUCAUCUGGUGCUUCGUUUUGUGUGCUUUCUGUGCUGAAUCCUUGAGUGCUCGCUGAUAUUGCAUUACCUGAAUUGUUC